AUGGAAACCAUCGUUUCACCCAGUGUUCCCAUCACUGCAUCAGCUUCACCCAGUGUUCCCAUCAAUGCAUCAGCUUCACCCAGUGUUCCCAUCACUGGACCAGUUUCACCCAGUGUUCCCAUCACUGGACCAGCUUCACCCAGUGUUCCCAUCAAUGCAUCAGCUUCACCCAGUGUUCCCAUCAAUGCAUCAGUUUCACCCAGUGUUCCCAUCACUGGAUCAGCUUCACCCAGUGUUCCCAUCACUGGACCAGCUUCACCCAGUGUUCCCAUCACUGGACCAGCUUCACCCAGUGUUCCCAUCACUGGACCAGCUUCACCCAGUGUUCCCACCACUGGACCAGCUUCACCCAGUGUUCCCACCACUGGACCAGCUUCACCCAGUGUUCCCAUCACUGGACCAGCUUCACCCAGUGUUCCCAUCACUGGACCAGCUUCACCCAGUGUUCCCAUCACUGGACCAGCUUCACCCAGUGUUCCCAUCACUGGACCAGCUUCACCCAGUGUUCCCAUCACUGGACCAGCUUCACCCAGUGUUCCCACCACUGGACCAGCUUCACCCAGUGUUCCCACCACUGGACCAGCUUCACCCAGUGUUCCCAUCACUGGACCAGCUUCACCCAGUGUUCCCACCACUGGACCAGCUUCACCCAGUGUUCCCAUCACUGGACCAGCUUCACCCAGUGUUCCCAUCACUGCAUCAGCUUCACCCAGUGUUCCCAUCACUGGACCAGCUUCACCCAGUGUUCCCAUCACUGCAUCAGCUUCACCCAGUGUUCCCAUCACUGGACCAGCUUCACCCAGUGUUCCCACCACUGGACCAGCUUCACCCAGUGUUCCCAUCACUGCAUCAGCUUCACCCAGUGUUCCCACCACUGGACCAGCUUCACCCAGUGUUCCCAUCACUGGACCAGUUUCACUCAGUGUUCCCAUCACUGGAUCAGCUUCACCCAGUGUUCCCACCACUGGACCAGUUUCACCCAGUGUUCCCAUCACUGGAUCAGCUUCACCCAGUGUUCCCAUCACUGGACCAGCUUCACCCAGUGUUCCCAUCACUGGAUCAGCUUCACCCAGUGUUCCCAUCACUGGAUCAGCUUCACCAAGUGUUCCCAUCACUGGACCAGCUUCACCCAGUGUUCCCAUCACUGGACCAGCUUCACCCAGUGUUCCCAUCACUGGAUCAGCUUCACCCAGUGUUCCCACCACUGGACCAGUUUCACCCAGUGUUCCCAUCACUGGACCAGUUUCACCCAGUGUUCCCAUCACUGGAUCAGCUUCACCCAGUGUUCCCACCACUGGACCAGUUUCACCCAGUGUUCCCAUCACUGGAUCAGCUUCACCCAGUGUUCCCAUCACUGGACCAGCUUCACCCAGUGUUCCCAUCACUGGAUCAGCUUCACCCAGUGUUCCCAUCACUGGAUCAGCUUCACCCAGUGUUCCCAUCACUGGACCAGCUUCACCCAGUGUUCCCAUCACUGGACCAGCUUCACCCAGUGUUCCCAUCACUGGACCAGCUUCACCCAGUGUUCCCAUCACUGGACCAGCUUCACCCAGUGUUCCCAUCACUGCAUCAGCUUCACCCAGUGUUCCCAUCACUGGACCAGCUUCACCCAGUGUUCCCACCACUGGACCAGCUUCACCCAGUGUUCCCAUCACUGCAUCAGCUUCACCCAGUGUUCCCACCACUGGACCAGCUUCACCCAGUGUUCCCACCACUGGACCAGUUUCACCCAGUGUUCCCAUCACUGGAUCAGCUUCACCCAGUGUUCCCAUCACUGGACCAGCUUCACCCAGUGUUCCCAUCACUGGACCAGCUUCACCCAGUGUUCCCAUCACUGGAUCAGCUUCACCCAGUGUUCCCAUCACUGGAUCAGCUUCACCCAGUGUUCCCAUCACUGGACCAGCUUCACCCAGUGUUCCCAUCACUGGAUCAGCUUCACCCAGUGUUCCCAUCACUGGACCAGCUUCACCCAGUGUUCCCACCACUGGACCAGCUUCACCCAGUGUUCCCAUCACUGGACCAGCUUCACCCAGUGUUCCCAUCACUGGAUCAGCUUCACCCAGUGUUCCCACCACUGGACCAGCUUCACCCAGUGUUCCCACCACUGGACCAGCUUCACCCAGUGUUCCCACCACUGGACCAGCUUCACCCAGUGUUCCCAUCACUGGACCAGCUUCACCCAGUGUUCCCACCACUGGACCAGCUUCACCCAGUGUUCCCACCACUGGACCAGCUUUACCCAGUGUUCCCAUCACUGGAUCAGCUUCACCCAGUGUUCCCAUCACUGGAUCAGCUUCACCCAGUGUUCCCAUCACUGGACCAGCUUCACCCAGUGUUCCCAUCACUGGAUCAGCUUCACCCAGUGUUCCCAUCACUGGAUCAGCUUCACCCAGUGUUCCCAUCACUGCAUCAGCUUCACCCAGUGUUCCCAUCACUGCAUCAGCUUCACCCAGUGUUCCCAUCACUGGACCAGCUUUACCCAGUGUUCCCACCACUGGACCAGCUUUACCCAGUGUUCCCACCACUGGACCAGCUUUACCCAGUGUUCCCAUCACUGGAUCUUAA